GACUUGGGAGCUGCAAAGGCGGGAAAGCCAUGGCGGGUUUCAGAUGCAGACGCAGACACACAGUCGACAGAGGAAGGAAGAAACGGUAAUGGAGAAAUUCUUAGUUCCGGCGGAGCCUUCAGUCGAACCUCCUAAACCCGUCAAAAGGCGUCGGUGGAAGAGGAGCAUGGUCGAAUUGAACGGCCGGUUCGAGCCGAAAUACCGCCAUGACAUGGCGGGUUUGCUGAUGCAGUCCUACACUGAGAUCGGAGCUUUCCCUCAUUUGUACCACAUCGACGGAAUGCCCUGUGAGACCCAUGUGAACCGAAUCAGUAACUUUCCACUAACGGAAUCGUCCAAACAUGAUAUCUCUGGGCUGGAGUUUGACAAUAAGGGCUAUUACUUGGCUGCGGUAACAAGAUCGGGCUGCUUAACAAUUCACGACUUCGAAGCACUCUAUUGCCAGAGUAGUAACACAUCAUCACAAUGUCCAGCUGAAAUCGAGAGUAAAAAUGUUAUGCAUCUUUCUUUACACAAACGACUUGAUGUCGUCCGGUGGAAUAUCUCUAACCAAGACGAGAUUGCUUGUGCUUCCAUCAGAAGUGGCGAAGUACUUGUGUUUGAUAUUGGGUAUGUCUCUUCUGAGCCAAUCGAGAUUUUAAGAGCAAGGCACACCGUCACAAUUCAUGGGUCAGAGAAGAACAGAGGUUUCUCCGACAUUUCCUUUACUUCAGAUGGUAGCUCAAGGGUAUUCGCUUCGGACACACAAGGUUGCAUCAAUGUAUGGGAUAGAAGGGCAAGCGCCUUUCCAUAUCUUCAGCUAACGACUAAUUCCCAUGAUUUCCUCAGUAGCAUCCAGUUAAACCUUGAAAAUCAGACCAUCUUUGGAGCUGGUAUGCAUGGGAAUAUCUAUAUGUGGGAUCUCCGUGGAGGAAGAACAUCUGUUGGUUUUCAAAGUCAAAGAGAGGCAUCCAAUUCACCUUUUACCGCCUUAAGGUUGGCAUCAGCGCUGGAGAAAAUAGGGUCUCUGAAGGCACAAUCAGAGAUUGUUCCAAGCAAAAUACAGUCGAUUGGUCUCGAUCCUUCUUGCCCGUAUCAAUUGGCUUUCCACCUUGAUGAUGGUUGGUCUGGUGUUCUCAAUAUAUACAACCUUUGUGUGACUCAUCUUCAUUGUCCUCCUCCCCCGUGGCUGAACUGUGAGAGUGCCAACUCAACAAUUUCUCUAUAUGACUGGAGGAAGGGAUCUUGGCUUCCAACAUAUUCGAUUUACAUGGUGGGAUCGGCAACUGAAAAUGCAAUUUAUCUUUUGGAUUUUUUCCCGGAUGCCACUUCCCCGAGUCAUGUAGACUAUGAUGAGGAUACAGGUGGCUCUAGAGUCAAACAGAACAGGUUCAUAGCUUUGUCGGAGGGGGUUACUUCAUGUGCCGCUCAUCCGCUCAACGGGACCAUCAUAGCGGGAACAAAGAAUGCGUCUCUGCUGGUGCUAUCUCAAAGGCAUGAUCGGUGCUGACAACAUUUGUGGAAGGCGAAGUGUUAUGCUGCAAACGAAAUUUUUAUACUCGAAGCAAAACAUAUCCUACAUUUAUAGAAGACAGGCGUAAAACCUUGAUCGAGAUUCAUUCAAUUGUAAUGGACUCAUGUUCCAUAUACAAAUUGUAUAAUGUGAUUGGGAAGUUUAGGUAUCAAGGGCAUUCUUAUUGCUUAUGCUCUAGUAAAUUUGAGCUGUAAAUUGAUGAUCAAAGACAUUGUCACACCCUUCAUUCAAGAAAUAUCUUCUGAUGAAGAACUCGAAUUGCAUUGGAAAGA